GCUCCAUCCUCGCCUCCUCCUCCUCCUCCUCCUCCUCCUCUUCUCCAAACACCCAUGGCGGCGUCGGCGUCGGCGGCGACGGUGGCGGCGGUGGUGCACCGGAUCCAGCUCGCGCUCCUCGACGGCGCCGCGCGAUCGGAGGGCCACCUCCUCGCCGCGGGCGCACUCCUCUCCCGCGCCGACUACGAGGACGUCGUCAUCGAGCGCACCAUCGCGGGCCUCUGCGGCCACCCCCUGUGCCCUAACCCCCUCCCCUCCGAUCGCCCCCGCCGCGGCCGCUUCCGCGUCGCGCUUCGCGAGCACCGCGUCUACGACCUCGAGGAGACCUACAAGUACUGCUCCCAGCGUUGCGUCGUCGCGAGCCGCGCGUUCUCCGCCGCGCUCGCCCCCGAGCGCUCCGCCGAUCUCAGCCCCUCCAGAGUCGAGAAGGUCUUGGCGCUCUUCGCCGACGCUGUGGAGGAGAAGGACCAAGCCGCGGGCUUGGGGAAGGAGGGGGAUUUAGGGUUUUCCAAAUUGACGAUUACGGAGAAGGAUGAUGCCGGGGGUGGUGAUGUGUCACUUGAUGAGUGGAUCGGCCCGUCGAACGCUAUUGAGGGUUACGUUCCUCAGUACGACAGUAAGAAAGGGUUAAAAGCUAAAGCUAAUGCCGAAGAGAAGGGGGUGAAGAAGGCUGAGAAAUCUAUAGGUAGUGAAGUGGGUUUUACGACUACGGGAUUUGUGGGAGAUGAGGUUGAUGGGGUUUCUUCCUGGUCAAUUCGAACGCAAGAUAUAUCAGAAGGGAUAGCUAAGAAAUUGGAAGAUAUGGCUCUCGAAGAGAAGAAGAUAAAGAAGCAGAAAACAACUAAAUCUUCAUCAAAAUCCUCCAAGCCUAAGCAAACUAAAAAGGCGAGCGGAAGCAAGAGUAGCGAAGUGGAUUUUACAAGUGUUAUCAUUGUCGGGAAUGAGACUUCAACAAAGACCCCUAAUUUCGGUCAAAUUGAUGCAAAACAACUAGACGUGAGGAGUGCUGUAAUCGCUGGAAACCAGACUUCUGUAACAUCUUCAAAAGCUCCCUUAAUCGGUUCACAAUAUCACGAAGAGUUGGGAAAUGGGAUUGACUCGAGGGAGAAGAAGAUACCUGCAUUGAGGUCUUCUUUGAAGACUAAAGGGUCCAAGAAUAGAAGGAAUUCAGUCAAAUGGGCUGAUGAGGUAACAACUGCAUCUGGGAUGGAAAGAAAGGGUGCCCAUGAAGGUAGUACAAACUCUCAUGUAUCGUCUGAGGGAGAUGACGGCGCUUCCUUAAGGCUUGCAUCAGCUGAGGCUUGCGCAGCUGCCCUGACUUGGGCCGCAGAAGCUGUUACUUCAGGAACAUCUGAAGUAGAAGAUGCAGUUUCGGAAGCUGGGAUUGUUCUCUUGCCUCAGCCACAACAUGUUGACGGGAGGGGUGGUGAAGAAGGUGAAGAUAACUUUGAAUUUGAUAGAGGAGUUGUGAAGUGGCCUAAGAAAACUGUUAUUCUAGACACUGAUAUGUUUGAAGUUGAGGAUUCUUGGCAUGACACGCCGCCAGAGGGAUUCAGUUUAACUUUAUCCUCAUUUGCAACAUUGUGGAUGGCACUCUUUGGAUGGAUAACAUGCUCUUCUUUGGCCUACAUAUAUGGGUGUGAUGAGAGUGCUGAGGAGGACUUUUUGAUGGUCAAUGGGAGGGAGUACCCCCGUAAGAUAGUACUAAAGGAUGAUCGCUCAUCUGAAAUUAGACAGACGAUAGAUGGUUGUGUCUCUCGUGCCUUGUUGGGGCUCGUAAUGAGUCUCAGGCUGCCGGUGCCGGUUUCAACUUUGGAGAAAAAUUUGGGGCUCUUGCUUGAUACAAUGUCAUUUGUCAAGGCAUUACCUUCCUUCAAAACAAGGCAAUGGCAAGUUAUUGUACUUCUCUUUCUCGAUGCCCUCUCUGCACACAGACUUCCUGCUCUUGCUCCACAUAUGACUAACAAGAAUAUGCUGCUACAUAAGGUUCUAAAUGCGGCUCAAGUAAGCGGAGAGGAGUACGACUCCAUGAGAGAUCUCCUCCUCCCUAUGGGGAGGUCUCCUGAUUUGUCAUAGGGAGGUCUCCUGAUUUGUCUAUGUUGAGUGCUGUGUAGCGGCUACAUAAUGGACUAUACUUAACUAGGUGCUUUAGAUUUUUUUUUUUUUUUUUGGGUCACAUGUAAAUGGUAGAUGUAUUUGUGGAUAACUUGCUGGAAUUCCUUCAUUUCCACUGUUUCAUUGGGUAUUGUAAUCUAGUGACAAAAAGCUAUUAAUCCUCGUGAAAGGCCAGGUUUGUUGCCCAGUUAUAGUGAUUUUGUGGAGUUUUGUUAGUA